AAAGAACAAUUUUUAUGUAUUUGAAGUUGUUGUUUAGUACGAAUGUAAAUGUAUUUUAUUAGAAUUUAGUGAUGCAAAUUAUUUAAGAUUUUUAAUUGUAUCUUUAUUUUAUAAUAAAAAUAAGCUUUUUGUUUAAAAUAAUGUUUCAUACAUUUUACUCCGACCAAUCACAGAGCGCCAACACAAAUCUUACAAAACGUGCUGGUUGCCAGUUGUCACUGUUUAUGUGACGUUAAGCAAGGCAGGCUCCACGGGAAAGACGGCCACGUAGACGUAAAUCGUGCGUUGGGGUGCUGAUUGUAAUUUUAAGAAGUUGUUUUCAUCAGCUCAUUCUUCUAAAGGCAAAAUGAGUAUAUGCAAAUUAAUAUUUUUUGCAUCAUUAGUUUAUCUGUCAUCAGGUGCCGAAAAAGACGUUUUGGAACUUGGAGAUGAUGAUUUUUCAUCAGUGGUUGAAGAACAUGAGACUGUACUUGUUAUGUUUUAUGCGCCUUGGUGUGGGCACUGUAAAAAACUGAAACCAGAGUAUGCAAAAGCUGCUGGAAUAAUAAAAGAUGAUGACGUUCCUGUGGUGUUGGCAAAGGUCGACUGUACAGAAGCUGGGAAAGAGACAUGCAACAAGUUCAGUGUGUCUGGAUACCCCACGUUGAAAAUCUUCAGAGGUGGAAAACUGUCAAGUGAAUACAACGGACCCAGAGAAGCAGUGGGUAUAGUGAAAUACAUGAAGGCACAAGUGGGCCCCAGCUCCAAAGAUCUGAACAAAGACUCAGAGUUUGAAGACUUCAUUAGUAAGGACGAUGUAGCAAUUAUAGGAUUCUUUGAGAAAGAGUCUGAUUUGAAGGGAGCAUUCAUUACAACAGCAGAAGCCCUGAGGGAGAAGUAUCGAUUUGGCCACACUUCGAACAAGAAACUACUCUCGAAGCACGGCCAGGAAGAUGCAGUAGUAUUAUACCGGCCAAAACACCUUCACAACAAGUUUGAACCCAACUCUGUGAAGUAUGAAGGAGAGCCGUCAAAAUCUGAGAUCGAGAAGUUCAUCCAGAAAAAUAGCAAUGGCCUGGUUGGUCAUCGUUCCAGGGACAACAUGAAUGACUUCAAACCACCUUUUGUGGUAGCAUACUACAAUGUGGAUUAUGUUAAGAAUGUUAAAGGAACUAAUUACUGGCGUAACCGCAUAUUGAAGGUGGCUAAAGAUUUUGCAGAUAGCUUUACCUUUGCUGUCAGCUCCAAAGAUGAUUUCCAGCAUGAGUUGAAUGAAUAUGGCCAUGACUACGUGAAAGGAGAUAAGCCAAUUGUGUUUGCGCGAAAUGCCAAGAACCAGAAGUUUGCAAUGGGUGAUGAAUUCUCAGUGGAGGCUUUUGAAACGUUCCUGAAGAAACUGAAGAGUGGUGAACUGGAACCGUACCUGAAAUCUGAACCAAUUCCAGAAGACAAUGAUGGUCCUGUGACGGUUGCUGUAGGCAAGAACUUUGAUGAUGUCGUCACGAACAACGGCAAGGAUACGCUCAUAGAAUUUUAUGCUCCAUGGUGUGGGCAUUGCAAGAAGCUCACUCCGAUAUAUGAUGAUUUGGGCGAGAAGAUGAAAGAUGAAGACGUAGCCAUUGUGAAGAUGGAUGCCACAGCUAAUGAUGUUCCGGAGCCCUACGAUGUGAGAGGCUUCCCAACUCUGUACUGGGCACCUAAAAACGACAAGAAAUCCCCAGUCAAAUACGAUUCUGGCAGAGAGCUGGAUGACUUCAUCAAGUACAUUGCCAAACACUCAACCAGUGAACUGAAGGGCUACGAUCGCAAGGGCAAGGCAAAGAAGUCGGAGUUGUAGUGUUGUUUCGGGCGCAGAUAGACUCAAACUCUGAUCAUUAAUUUAAGAUUUUUUUCCUAAGAAGCAAUAUGUUGUGAAGAAUGCUAAAAAAAAAUGUGUUUGAACUUCAAUUUAUGUUGCCUUGUCUACGAAUUUGUAGUCAAAAAAAAAUCUCCAGAAAUUGUGGCAACGAUUAUUAGAUCUUAUGAAGUGAUGGUGUACAUUGUGAUAGCCAGUAAAAGACUGAGUGUGUGGUAAGUGAUGCUCCAUUCCAUAUACAAAUGCUAUCAAAAUAAUUUCUUCUCCAUUCAUGACAUGGUGCACAUAAGAACUUCCAGAACAAUUUUUGUAGACACAUUAAUAAAUUUUAUGUGGGUAUGUAUUGUAGAUCUUGACAUUCAGAAUUGUAUAGCAGGUGUUGUGUGUGUGUUAUAUUUUGUGAUACUUUUAACUGGUGUCUUUGUUUUUAAUUGAGUUAAGUAUGGAAAAGAAAAAUAUUUUCCUUGGUUCUUUUGCAUUUUGAACAAAAUAUAUGCUUUUUUUAAUGAG